AUGGGUGGUUUUUAUUUCCUCUCGAGCCUCACAAGUGGCCGGCUUGCUUGCUGGACCUUUGAUGACGCUCUGGACCUGGAGAGCCACACGGUCUUUGUUGUUGAUGUCUUUAGAGGUGGAAGCAACAAAACUGCCAAAUCCCUAUCAGCUCAGCUUGCUGGUUGGACUUUGCAUUUCAUCGUUGGAUGCGUUGUGGGACUACUUCACAUACCGCCAUUUCCGACAACGGAAGAUCCCAAAACACGCACCUAUUUCACCAGUUCUGACUCGAGCCGGGCGUGUAUUUUACUUGAUACCGUCCUGCAUUAUACAACAAGCACUAUCAAUUUAGAUGAUGUCUCGGUGUCAAAACAGCUGGGGGAGUCAGGUCGCGGGCUUUCUGAGAGAUGUUUGCAAAUUAACCGCACUGAUAACGCUGGCUAUCCAUGCUCGCGUAACAUCGGCUUAUCCGCAUCAGAUCCCAACGCAUAUUUACAGGAGCAGAACGAGAUGUUCUAUCUACGGCACAAUACAUCUGAAACUUCCGAGAUUCGGCUGGCUCCCGCGCGAGGUUCGGCGUUGGGAGACACCGCAAUGCUGAUUCCAAAGUCGACUACAUUAUCCCCGUUUGUCGAUUACCGCGCCUCAACUAUUGGAAUCUCGACUUCCUGCAAACCAAUCACGGACAAAUGUCAAUUUGGUGUUUGGGGAACGAAUGAUGCCUAUAGUGGAUUCUACUGCAGUCCUUAUUUCUAUGGAGUCCUAGGCAAGACAGCCGUCAUUGCCAACGAUUCGACGACGACAGACGAUCCAGACAUUCCGCCUUUAGCCUCCAAACUCAGUCCGAACCUACAGAUUGCGUUCUUUGAGGACGAAGCUCUGGGCAUUCCUUACAAUACGCGUGCGUACGAUUUCAACACCGGCAAAUCGAACACUUCUAUCCCUCUACUGCCGGAUGACAAACUUGUCAACGAGGUAUGGGUAGCGGUUGCAGGAAGAGUUCCCACAAGUGCUCUACGAGCUGACAGCGAGUUGGGCGACGAUUCCAACUUUUCCAAGGGCACUGAAUUGCUUCUGAACAUUGUCAUUAGUUGUCGGUACCAGGCACUUGAUGUUGAAUAUACCUGGUUCAACGGCACCGUGCAAAAUGUUCGCCUCCAAAAAUGUGACAAUGGCACCAUUUCUGAACUCUACCACGGCUACCGCACUCCCGCUUCCGUUUCUGGCACCAAUCCAACAUUGCUCGAUAUUCUGUCUCAAGCUGCAAUGCAACUAAACACAACCGAGUUUUGCCGCACCUGGGCAAAUCUGUUCUCGGCGGAAGUUAUGAGCAUAAUUGGGGGUGUUACAUCUCCUCGAUCAAAUACUCUACAACAGGAUCGUACACCGCGGUUAGUGGUCAAAAUCUGGAUUCCGUCCUUGGUUUGGCUGCUUCUUUGCUGUCUGAUGUACCCUGUCGCUGGAGUCACGCUCGCGAUCCUCGCCACCGAAACUCCGCGAGCCGGUCAUAUACAAAGCGCGGUUUCAAGGAUCAGUCUAUCUGGGCUUGCAGAACAGGGCUUCCUAGCACAGCACGAAGAGUCAGCCGCUGGGACUUCUACAAGAGGGAUCAUGGAGGACGACUCUGUACGAGUGGGUUUUGGAGACGAUUUGCGGUUUAAAAAGUGGGCUGUGAAAGCCAGAUCCGCGAUUCACGUCAGCGGGGCUGGUGAAGACUAG